UGAAAAUUACUAUUUUAUCUCCAUAGUUGUAAUAAAAUUACCUCUCCUCGACGUCUCUACAGCUUUCGAUAUUUUGUAAAAAAAAGCUUUCGAUAUUUUCUUUUUCUCAUGUCUUCAAAUCCAAAAUCUUGCGUUGGAUCGGACGAUUCAGAUGCUUCGAGGCCCCGUUUGGGGUCUUCCUUCCGUUGGCGCCGUCAUUUGCUUAAGAUUUUCGCCAUUGUCUUCGCGACUCUGCUGAUUGACAUCAUAGCUGAAAACCCUAACUGCAUUUCCCAACUUCGAUUCCCUCGGUGGUCAGCAGAAUCACUCUGCUCGUAUGGUGGAGUCCGAUGGCCUUUCUGGUUCGGUUUUGGAUCCAAAGCCGAUGCCUUUCGCUUGUGGGUACUGAAGAACAAUGCCUGGUCGCUACAUUUAAGGUUCUUCACGAUGUUCUCCUGCAGCUGUCUUAACUGUGGGUGAAUGUGUAAUGCUAUGAUCGGGUCUUUUCUACCAUAAUGUGAACACUCGAUUGCUUGACCCUGUAACAUGACUCUUCUGUGUUUGGUUUGAAUUUGGAAAGCUUGUCAAGAUGGAAAGUUCUUGGUUGAAAUGCCAAAUGUGAAUGUGCCUGAAAGAUAAUGAGUCUGAGGUGUCUUGGAAAUUUUGGGACCGUGUGGAUGAAAAACUGGUUUCAGCUUCAAGAGAAAAUGCAUUGUUGCCUUUUCAGCUUAGUAACUUUUCAUCAAACCCGGAUCUCAGAAACAUGGAGGAGUCUUCCAAUGGCCACUUAAGGGAAAUCAAGGGCUUCUUAGAUACUUGAUUGAUGUUCCUGAUGAUGAUAUCCGCUAUUCAAGGGAAGGAAGGGAGCAUAUCUAACUCAAAAGGAUCAUACGCAAGGAUCAAGAAUCUUAUAGAACUGCCCUUUUUUCUCUCUUUGCUUGUGUGUUCAUCCCUUAAUCUGGUCUCCCCUUCCAAUAAUUCUUAAUAGUGUAAAAGCAUUACCUCAUACUCAGUUCGGUCAUUUAUAUUCUUCUGGAACUUUCAGGUUCCACCAUCUGCUAUCACUGCUCAUGCUUCUCCGAGACCAAGUAAGUGCUAAUUCAAGAAAUUUGCUCUUGAUAAUUAUUGUAUUAUACCACAAGAUCUUACACAAUCUAAGCUAAUUCACACUUGCAAGUUAGGUAUUUUUGCUCCUUUUUUUUCCAAAAAGUAUACAUAUAUUAUAUAUAGAGUCAGGAAGAUUCCUUAAAGCAUAAGAAUUAUACAACCAUAUGUAUAAUGUUUUCCCCUAAACCCAAUUUGCCUUUACUCCAAGGGAAAGAAGAUACCAAAACUUUCCCCACCAGUUAGGGUUUAGAACCAUAUCUUGUCCUCUCAUUAUCCCUUUCCCCUUCCCUCAAACCCCAAAAAACCCCUUAAAGAUAUCAACCAUCAAAAAACACAGAAAAAAAGCCCUAAACCGGUCCCAAACCGGAUGUUGUCUGGCCUCGUUCUAGCCGCACCAGAGCCGCAUAAUGCCCAAGUUGGCUUCCCGCCAAGGCACCAGCAUUUUUGUAUGGUGUGCAGCCAUCAUCUGCGCUUUGAUCUCUGUCGCUGUCAUCUUCGGCGGCAUUGCUGUCUUUGUUGGAUACCUUGUCAUUCACCCUCGCAUUCCCAUCAUUAGUGUAGUUAAUGCCCACCUCGACCUUCUAAGAUACGACAUAUCCAGAGUAAUGGAGACGCAGAUAACUAUCAUAGUGAGAGCGGAGAACGACAAUGAGAAAGCGCAUGCUACGUUCGAGGACACUGAGUUUCACCUGAGCUUCGGGGGAAAAUACAUAGCAAUUCUAAAGGCGGCGCCUUUCAAAGUGGGCAAGAACAGCUCUCUGGAUUUCUCCUACGUGGUUCAGUCAUACCCUGUGCCGUUGGGUCCGACAGAGAUGCAAAUGAUAGACUAUGCUUUGAAACAAGACGUCAUCACGUUCGAUCUCAAAGGUGACUCACGGACUCGUUGGCGGGUCGGACCUUUCGGCUCUGUCAGGUUCUGGUGUGAUCUUAAUUGCGAGCUUAACUUCAGACCUUCCGAUCAUAGUUACCUUCGUUCUCCUUGUAGCUCUUCGCAUAAGCACUAGGGUUAUGUGUCUUUUUUUUUCCUUCUCUCUUUUAUUUCUUUUCAGUUCAUUAUUCUUACACGACAAUAAUAAUGAUAAUAAUCUUGAAGUUAUUCCCUUUUUUUUA